AUGCACCCGCUCCUUCUCUCAAAUCAAUCACCAUCUCAUGUGAGUCUUCAACCACUUCCUGUAAAGUCUCCAUCUUUAUCACCGCCUUCGGCUACUCCGGCUGUAUCUCCAUACGGGUCUGUUCCAUCCCCCGCGGCGACACCAGUGAGAAGUCCAGUGGCGGGUUCGCCGGCGGCGGCAAAGGGGCCUUCCAGUUCAGCUGCUCCUGCACAGGCUCCUCAGAGUAUUCCUUCAACUUCGGCAACACCGGCAGGCUCACCAACGACACUUCCAUCAAAGGGUAGGGCGCCGGUGAGUUCAUCGCCGGAGAUUUCACCGGAUCAGGCUAGUGACGAUUCGGGUGCAGGCUUCAAAUAUGGGGCUCCAGUUAUUUUGUGCAGUCUGCAACUCCUGUUCGCUAUGGCUAUCUAA